AUGCCUCUCACUCAUAACAACUAUACUGCUCACAUUUCGAUUAAUGGCGAAGAGCUGUCCCAGAGCUAUGUCGAGGUAGAAGGCAAUGUAGCGCGGUGCAACAUCCAAGGCAGAGCCGGCCGCCUCUUCAAGGUGCACGUCGACGACCCGGGUGAACAUGACAAGUGCAUCCGAGUGUACGUUGAUGGUCAGUAUCUUGCGGGCGUUGCUGCACGCGCUGGUGUUUCUGCUUGUCUCGAGUCUGUGCGAACGUCAGCGCACGCAACCCGCGGUUUUUUGUUUGCCUCGCAGCAGCCGGGGUCAUGCGCAGCCGGUCGCUCAUCAGGAAUGAUCGAAGUGCGCAUUGUGCACGCCGAACGGACGAACAAGGCUCCUGCACCCCGCAUCAUCAACACAUGCAUUCCAACCCUACCGGAUAUGACCAGCCCCGUCGUGUUAUCAGAGGAGUCAUUGAGUGCGGUCCAGGCAACACAGUCCUAUAGACCGACACAAUCCUGGGAUGACCCGCUCAUCGCCUUUCAGUUCUUUUGUAUGCCUGAAGACCCUGGUCCUGAGGAUGGCGACAAUAAAGACAGCUCAAGCAACGAUAUUGAAUUCGACGAGCUUGAUUCUGACGAGGAGUUUUUGGAUAUCUCAUGGGCUAGUACCCCAUGCUCGUCCUCGCCAGGAUCCUCUCAGUGCCCUGUCGACCUGACGGACUCGCCCGCGACAUCACCCUCGCCUUGUGCCACAGAGAGCUCGUUUUGCCAACGCACUACCUCACCAAUUGGCCUCGACGCUCUCUCCGAUACAGGCGAACCCCAUGCUCUCCAGAAGCGCGCUCUGAUACCCGGUCCCUCUCAACGAUCUUCUUCGCAGAAGAGGCUCAGCAGAUAUUUAGAGUCUUCAGAGGAUGAGAACAUCGCGCCGCAGCGGAGAGUCAAGCCUCGCAUCGAGGUGAACCUCAAGCCUUACGUCGAUAUCGAGACGACGCGUUCUGCGCGAGCCAAAUACAACAAUCGCGAGUACGCGCGUACUUUCCGACGCUCGUCCAAGAAACGCCGCGGCAAAUCGCCCGUCGGCAGCACCUAA